GCUUCUAGAUCUUGUUACUUCAUCUUCUAUAGUGCGGCGUCUGAUGGAGGAGAUAAACCCUAGUUCUUGUGUUGACAAUCAGAGAGACAUGGCGGAAGAAGCUAAAAAGGACGUGAAGACGUCGGCGAAGAAGGAUAUACGCAAUUAUCUCUGCCAGUAUUGCGGAAUCAGUAGAUCUAAAAAGUAUCUCAUCACAUCACACAUCCAAUCUCAUCAUCAGAUGGAACUUGAAGAGGAAAGAGAUGAUGAAGAUUGUGAGGUUGAAGAAGAGUUUUCAAGUAAACAUACUUGUCAAGAAUGUGGUGCUGAGUUUAAGAAGCCUGCUCACUUGAAGCAGCAUAUGCAGAGCCACUCUCUCGAGAGACCUUUUGCUUGCUAUGUGGAUGAUUGUGCUACUAGCUAUAGGAGAAAGGACCAUCUCAAUAGGCAUCUUCUUACACAUAAAGGGAAGCUCUUUAAGUGUCCGAAGGAGAAUUGCAAGAGUGAAUUCUCAGUACAGGGCAAUGUUAGUAGGCAUGUUAAGAAAUGUCAUAGUAGUGGCGACAGUGAUAAGGACACUACUGGUAAGGGCGAUAGUGAUAAGGAAAAUGCUGGUAAUGGUGAUAGUGGUAAAGACAACACUGGUAAUGGCGAUUCUCAACCCUCUGAAUGUUCAACUGGUCAGAAGAAGCUUGUCUGCAAAGAAAUUGGUUGUGGGAAAGCCUUUAAGUAUCCUUCACAGCUGCAAAAGCAUCAGGAUUCUCAUGUGAAAUUGGACUCUGUGGAGGCUUUUUGUUCUGAGCCUGGGUGUAUGAAGUACUUUACAAACGAAGAAUGCCUCAAGGCACACAUAAGAUCCUGCCAUCAGCACAUCAACUGUGAGAUAUGUGGUUCUAAGCAUCUUAAAAAGAACAUCAAGAGACAUCUACGGACUCAUGAUGAAGAUUCCUCACCAGGAGAAUUCAAGUGUGAAGUUGAGGGUUGCUCUUCAACUUUCUCAAAGGCUUCUAAUCUUCAGAAACACGUGAAAGCAGUGCACGAGGAUUUACGACCCUUUGUCUGCGGUUUUCCAGGUUGUGGCAUGAGAUUUGCUUACAAACAUGUCAGAAACAACCACGAGAAUUCUGGAUGUCACGUUUAUACCUGCGGUGAUUUUGUCGAAACUGAUGAAGAUUUCACCUCAAGACCGAGAGGUGGACUAAAGAGGAAGCAAGUCACAGCGGAAAUGCUGGUACGAAAGAGGGUCAUGCCUCCCCGGUUUGAUUCAGAAGAACACGAGACUUGCUAGUAGUAUGUACAAAAGAAGAUCCAGAACUGCAGACGAUAAUAGUAGUAGUAUUAGUCUUCUGGUGUUUUGUGUAAAGUUCUUUUUGUUUGUGUGUUAGAAAGAAAUAUAGAACGACAAUAGUAAGUAGUAAUUUUAAUUUAGUAAUGUCUUGGAAUCUAAGUUUAUUUCAACCUUUUUUCCUAUCACGGCUUUAAUGUAUUUGAACCCAACAUUUGAAGAUAAGCUUUGCGAUGAGAUAAAGUCCAAUCUUCAAGUCUC